AUGGCUUCCAAACUUUGGAUCAGAUUUUGCAGAGAGGAGGGCAAAAUGUUCGAGCUUUCAAGUUUCUCGAGUAUACGGCGCACCCAAGGAAACACUUCCGUGGUGAAGAAUUUCCAGGCGAUCCUCACUAUGGUGUCCACGACUGUUCCUAUUUCUGUGCUAGUGGUAUUUUCUAGCUGGUGUAGUAUUUUUCGGACGUCGUUGAGGGGAUUUAAUAACAGAUCCGGCAGAGGUGAUGUUACUAUCUUUUGGACGUCGUUGAAGGGAUUUAGUAAUAGAUCCGGCAGAGAUGUUCAAUCGCGCAAGAUAGGUCAGAGGCGUAAAAGUCGAUCGAUCGAUCGUGGACAAUUCGUACCUUCGUUGAAAGAAGCAGCAGGAACGCACCACGCAGUAACGCAUACCGACAAGAACAAAAUAAAUACAGCUUUCAUGGUGCGGGACGUUCUCGACCGUGGUCGUUGCAAAAUUGGACUGGACUUUCGGAAAACACAAUACAACAACAGGAAUAUUAGAAAUAAAAUAAACGAAGGAAACGCUGCGAUGCUGCGAUUCAGGUGGGAAUUUCGCGCGACGCUGUUGCUGAUCUGCGUUUGGAGAAACGCUGUUUUCUUAACAGACGCCGAACCCGUUCUGACAAGACCGAUCCACGUUUAUCAGAGCCUGAUCAAGGGUGUCCACGAUUACUUUAACAACACGUGCGUGAUACUUUUUCACGGCUCGAUGGCCUCGAUGGCCUCGAUGGAGGAGGAAGGGAUGAAAGAGAUGGAUGGGCUUCUGGAGCUUCAAAGAUACUUCAGCGGAUCUCUGAGCAUCCGGACCGCGAUCAUGGACUUUCACACGUUCAGGACUCGAAUAGGGAACACUUACCAUCACAUCAAGAGGCCGUUGUUCGUGUUAUUGAACGACCUAGACGAGAUUAGACAGCAAUUCUCUCUGGUGAGUGGAGAAAUAACGACAAGAGGGAAGAUGGUAGUAGUGGAAAAGAAAAAUGAAACGAUGAAACAGGUCUCCAAGUGGAUCGCGAUGGCUUAUCCGACGUGGUUGCUGUUUCUGCGGGACGAGACUAGAUUCGAGGAAUUUUUGUCGGACGUUUACGUACCGUUUGACUGUAUGAUGAUGGUCACUCAGAGGGAUGAGAGAGAGGCUGGCGAGAUCAUUCGGGACGUAUAUCGAAUCAGCAAGGAGGAUGAUCUCAGAUCGAUGAGCUUUGGCAAGUGGGAUCCGAAGAAUGGGUUCCGGGGGCCUCGUCUUGGAUUGUAUCAACGUAGACACGACCUACAGGGAUACAACAUACGAGUGGCCUCUAUUAACGAUCCACCGGUUUCUCGAGUGAUUCGCGAUGAAACUGGUCAACCGUUUAGGAUUCGUGGUUUCUUCGGUGAAGUGAUUCAACUGCUGCAAGAAGGAAUGAAUUGCACGUUCACCUACAUAGAGGCUACCUCGUGGGGUGCACAGUUGCCAAAUGGCUCGUGGACAGGGUUGAUCAAAAUGUUGAUAGAUGACGAAGCGGAUCUCGGAGCGAGCGAGCUGAUGAUGUCGUCUGACAGACUGGACGCUAUAAAAUACACCACUCCCGUUUAUACGACUAGAUGUCGCGCGUACAUCAAAAGACCGGACACAACAGCGGUGAACUGGAACGCGUACUUGGCGCCAUUCUCGUUCAACAUUUGGAACGCGAUCGGGCUGACCAUCGUCGUUGUAAGCCUAGUAAUCGCCGGGAUCGACGCGUUCUCAAGAAAAGCCGAUUCAUUGCCAGCUAAUGUGAAACCCAAGACUAAGUCCAGUCUGUCUGAGAUUCUAUUCGCCGUGUUUGGCGUGUUCUGCGGACAAGGCAUGGAGCCGUCUUCUUUGGAUCCGACGAGACUGGUGCAUCUGAGUAUCCACUUAACGGCGGUGGUGGUGAUCGCGGCAUAUUCGGCAGCGUUGAUCAGUCACUUGGCCAUAAAAACGUUCCUGAUGCCAUUCACCACGAUGGAAGGUUUGUUGGAAGAUGGUACCUAUCGAUUCGCUGUGGUCGCCGACUCGGCCGACUACAGUUUCUUUCAGAACACCAGCGACAACGUGCUCACGGUUAUGUUCGACCAAUUGUUGACCAGAGAAGCCGAUCUCCCGCCAAAUUAUUUCGAAGGUUUGACUCGCGUGUGUCAGGAAAAGAAAUACGCAUUCAUGACGCUGGAUAAUAUGGCGUCGGUGCUGCAAGGGAAGGUCGAGUGCGCGCUAGAACCUCUGGAUGUGAUCAUGCAAACAACCAUAGCUAUGGCAGUGCCGGCUGAUAGUCCUUACCGUGGCAUCAUCAACAGCAAUAUUCUUCUUCUGCGCGACAGUGGCAUUCUCCAGCGGUUAAUCGACCUCGAAUGGUCAAGCAGCGAGCGUUGGGUGAGCUAUUUCUCAAUGUCGAGGAUACAACAACAACAAAAUUCAAAGAAUUAUUUUGAUAUACUUCCACGCGAAAAGCGGAUGGAGCACGGUGGAGAUGGAGGACGCAGCGCCUCUGCUCAUCUUUAUGUUCUCAGCAUUUCUGGUUACUUCUUUGGUACUGUUAAUCGAACGACUAUUUGGUCGAGAGCAAUCUCGCAUCGUGGAACAGAAAUCUACAGCAAACUAGUCACAAAGUCUCUACCCGUGCAGUGCAAAUCUUGCCGGCCG